AUGGACUAUUUCUCCGACUACACGUCGCAGCGUCUCCUGCAUACGGGAUCGUUCACGGGAUUCCACCGUUUGGGGUCACUCGGCAGCAACUAUCUCUCCGCGACCGAGCAUAUCAAGCAGCCGCUAUGCGGUAACGAAGAAGGCUGGGGCCCGUUGAGCCCGAUCCGAUACGACUUUACGCCCUGCUUUAUCGAUGUCUGGAUAGCUUCCGUGGCGGCAUUCGGUGUCGUGUUUGGACUCCUUGCUAUCAUUUGGCUUGUCCAGCGCAAGAGGCCUUCGGAUGCCCCCAAAGACUGGCACUUUUGGGCAAAACAGACAUUACUCGGCUUCAUUAUCGCAGACGUCAUCGUGCAACUUGUAAUCCAAAUAUUUAGCUAUCCCGGAGUGUGGUACGGCGACUUCAGAUUCUGGACGACCGCCGGCACAAUCCUUUCCCUCGGUGUCAUCUUCGCGAUUCAGUGGCUCGAACACGCGCGGCUGCGCAAUGCCAACGGCGUCGUUCUGUUCUACUGGCUCUUCCUCUUAAUCGCAUUCGCUGUUAAGCUCCGAUCCCUCAUCUCGCAGCAGCUGUACGCCAAGAACGAAGCCUACUUCAUCACUUACACCAUCGGCUUCGGGCUGUCCAUUGUGGAGUUCUUGCUUGAGUGGCUGUGGCCGAGGAAAGUUAGCGCCUACGAGGCCCUGAUUGACGAGGAGGAAUGCCCGAUCGAAUACGCGACCGUCUUCUCCCUCCUGACCUUUUCAUGGAUGACACCUCUGAUGCGCUACGGGUAUAAGCAAUACCUCACCGAAGAUGAUCUCUGGGGGCUUGCCAAGAAGGACCAGACGAAGAACACUGGAGACGCAUUCCAAGAUGCUUGGGAGUACGAGUUGAAGCACAAGAAGAACCCCUCGCUCUGGAUUGCCAUGUUCCGCGCCUAUGGUGGCCCUUACGCGGUUGCGGCGCUCUUCAAGGCCGUCAACGAUGUCACUCAAUACCUCCAGCCGCAACUGCUCAGGUAUCUCAUCGCUUUUGUAGAUUCAUAUCGCACAGACAGCGACGUGGAGGAACAGCCAGUCAUUUGGGGUGCCACGCUUGCGUUGGCCAUGUUCGCUUGUGCUGUCCUCCAGACCGCUAUGAUCCACCAAUAUUUCCAACUUGCGUUCGUCACCGGCAUGCGUAUCAAGGGAGGCUUAGCGUCUGCCAUCUACAAGAAGUCCAUGAAACUAUCCAACGAGGGCCGAUCUGCCAAGACCACGGGUGACAUCGUGAACUACAUGGCCGUUGAUGCCCAGCGUCUGCAGGAUUUGACCCAGUUUGCCCAGCAAGUCUGGUCUGCGCCGUUCCAGAUCAUCAUCUGCAUGGUUUCCUUGUAUCAACUUGUUGGCUGGUCUAUGCUUGCUGGUAUUGGUGUCAUGAUUAUCAUGAUGCCUGCACAUGGCUUCAUUGCCAGGAUCAUGAGGAAUUUGCAAAAGGAGCAGAUGAAGAACAAGGACAAGAGAAGUCGUCUCAUCAACGAAAUCAUUACCAACAUGAAGAGCAUCAAGCUCUACGCUUGGGGGGCUGCGUUCAUGAACAAGUUGAACUUCGUGCGAAACGAUCUUGAGUUGAAGAACCUCCGCAAGAUCGGAGCGACGCAAGCCUUUGCUAACUUUACGUGGAGCACUGCGCCGUUCUUCGUGUCGUGCUCGACCUUCACCGUGUUCGUGUUGACGCAGGACAAGCCUUUGACGACUGAAAUCGUCUUCCCUGCGCUGACUCUCUUCAACCUGCUCACAUUCCCCUUGGCUGUUCUCCCAAUGGUCAUCACCUCUAUCGUGGAGGCGAGUGUCGCUGUCGGCCGUCUGACCUCGUUCCUCACAGCCGAGGAGAUCCAGCCUGAUGCGAUCACCAUCAAGCCUGCUCCUGAGGAGAUGGGUGAGGAGACUGUCAUCAUUCGAGACGGAAACUUCUCUUGGAACCGUCAUGAGAGCAAGGAAGCCCUCAGAGACAUCGACUUCACUGCUUACAAGGGUGAACUGUCCUGCAUCGUUGGCAGGGUUGGCGCCGGCAAGUCUUCGUUCCUGCAGAGCAUCUUGGGCGAUCUUUGGAAGGUCAAGGGUGAAGUUCAGGUCCACGGAACUGUGGCGUACGCAUCACAGAGUGCGUGGAUCUUGAACGCCACUGUGAAGGAGAACAUUGUCUUCGGUUACCGCUACGAUCCCGAUUUCUACGAAAAGACUAUCAAGGCCUGCGCCCUUCUCGACGAUUUUGCUCAACUUCCCGACGGUGACGAAACCGUCGUAGGCGAGAGAGGUAUUUCUUUGAGUGGUGGUCAAAAGGCACGUGUUGCCUUGGCCAGAGCUGUGUACGCCCGAGCCGACAUCUACCUCUUCGACGACGUUCUAUCCGCUGUCGAUUCCCACGUCGGCCGACACAUCAUCGAGAAUGUCCUGGGUCCUAGAGGUCUUCUGAACACCAAGACCCGUAUCCUCGCAACCAACGCCAUUGCCGUCCUUCCGGAAGCAAGCUACAUCACACUGCUCAGGGAUGGCGAAAUCGCCGAGCGUGGAACGUACAAGCAGCUCGUGGCCAUGAAAGGCAUGAUCAACGAACUCAUCAAGACUGCCGGUCAAGAGUCGGGCUCGUCGUCUGAAUCCAGCUCAAGCGGUUCGAGCAGCGAGACGUCCACGGUCAUUGAGGCCGAGGGGAGCAGCCAGGAGAAGGCCGAGUUGGAAGAAGCCCAAGAGCAAUUGCCCGAGAUGGAGCCCAUUAAGACCGGUGCUGCCAUGACGCAUAAGAAACGAUCAUCGAGCAUGGCUACGCUUCGCCGUGCGAGUACUGCCAGUUUCAGAGGUCCUCGUGGCAAGCUUACUGACGAGGAAGUCUCUGGCAGCAAGACGAAGCAGUCCAAGGAGCACUCUGAGCAAGGAAAGGUCAAGUGGGAUGUUUACCUUGAAUACGCCAGAAACAGCAACACUAUCGCCGUCUUCAUCUACCUCCUCACACUUGUCGCUUCACAGACUGCGAACAUUGGCGGAUCCGCGUGGCUCAAGACCUGGUCUGAGCACAACCAAGAGGCCGGCGGCAACCCUGAUGUUGGCAAAUACAUUGGAAUCUACUUCGCCUUUGGCAUUGGCUCGUCUCUGUUGACUGUCGUCCAAACGCUCAUCUUGUGGAUCUUUUGCUCCAUUGAGGCAUCACGAAAGCUGCACGAAAGCAUGGCGAACGCCAUCUUCCGAUCGCCCAUGUCAUUUUUCGACGUCACGCCAACGGGUCGCAUCUUGAAUAGAUUCUCCAGUGAUAUCUACAGGGUGGACGAGGUUCUUGCUAGGACGUUCAACAUGCUCUUCGUCAACGUUGCUCGCUCAGGCUUUACGUUGGCGGUCAUUGCGGUCGCAACUCCACCUUUCAUCGCCUUGAUCAUCCCAAUUGGCCUGAUGUACUACUGGAUCCAGCGAUACUACUUGCGCACAUCCCGGGAGCUCAAGCGACUUGACAGUGUUACCAAGAGUCCUAUUUACGCCCACUUCCAGGAAUCCCUCGGAGGAAUCUCCACCAUCCGAGCCUACCGACAACAGCAGAGGUUCGAGCUUGAAAAUGAGUGGCGUGUUGAUGCCAACCUCAAGGCGUACUUCCCUUCCAUCAGCGCCAACCGCUGGCUGGCCGUUCGUCUGGAGUUCAUCGGUGCCAUUGUCAUCAUGUCGGCCGCUGGCUUCGCCGUCAUCUCCGUCGCAAGCCACAGCAAUCUGAGCCCUGGUCUCGUCGGUCUUGCCAUGUCUUACGCUUUGCAGAUCACCACGUCUCUCAACUGGAUUGUUCGUCAAACUGUCGAAGUUGAAACGAACAUCGUCUCCGUUGAACGUGUUCUCGAGUACGCCAGGCUGCCGAGCGAGGCCCCUGAAAUCAUCAAGAGCAACCGGCCCCCGGUUGCUUGGCCUGCGAAGGGCUCUCUUGAGUUCAAGAAUUACAGCACCCGUUACCGUGAGGGACUGGAUAACGUGCUGAAGAACAUCAAUCUCGACAUCAAGUCACAUGAGAAGAUCGGUGUCGUUGGCCGCACCGGAGCCGGCAAGUCUUCAUUGACUUUGGCGCUCUUCCGCAUAAUCGAGCCGACCAUGGGUCACAUUAGCAUCGAUCAGCUCAACACGUCCUCCAUCGGACUGCUUGACCUGCGUAGAAGACUUGCUAUCAUUCCGCAAGACGCAGCCCUUUUCGAGGGUACAAUCCGGGAUAAUUUGGACCCCGGCAACGUGCAUGAUGAUACCGAGCUCUGGAGCGUAUUGGAACACGCCCGGUUGAAGGACCACGUAUCGAGUAUGGAAGGCGGCCUUGAGGCGAAGAUCAAUGAAGGAGUCCUCGUCUCGUGCUGGCUUAUCUCAUCAUCUCCCCAACUCUCCACCGUCUUCACCGUCUGCCGACCUAGCUCCAACCUCUCACAGGGUCAGCGACAGCUCGUGUCCCUCGCCCGCGCUAUGCUGACGCCAUCCAACAUCCUCGUCCUCGACGAGGCCACCGCCGCCGUCGAUGUCGAGACGGACGCCAUGCUGCAGACCACGCUGCGCUCACCCCUGUUCGCCAACCGCACCAUCAUCACCGUCGCCCACCGCAUCAACACUAUCCUCGACAGCGACCGCGUCGUCGUUCUCGACAAGGGAGAGGUCGUUGAGUUUGACACGCCGCAGGAGCUCAUCAAGAGACGGGGCGUAUUCUACGGGCUGGUCAAGCAGGCUGGCCUUGACACCGAUUCGUAG